UUGGAGAACCGAAUUUUCCCUAGAAAUAUCAACAAGAGAGGUUAAACCCUAGGGCUUACUAGUAAAGUCCAAACACAAAAUGUCAUAAAAACCCACCACCACUUCAUUCUAAACCCCUCCUCCCCCAAACCUCUCUCUCUCUCUCUCUCUCUCUCAAUGUGCCAGCUACCUGACUCUCCUGUCUCUUGCAGAUGCAACUCUAACCAAACUUACCCAGAACCCAACAUGUACUUCACUCCUUUGAUACCCAAAAGCCCAACAUCACAAGAAGAACAAAAACAAAUCCAAGAACAACUGCCCCAAAAAACCAGCCAUCUCUCUCUUGCCAUUAAAGAAGCCAAAUCCACAGCCAACAUAGCUUUCCCCAUGAUCCUCACAGGCCUCUUGCUCUACUCUCGCUCCAUGAUCUCCAUGCUCUUCCUCGGCCGCCUAGGCAACCUUGCCUUAGCCGGUGGCUCUCUCGCCGUGGGCUUCGCCAACAUCACUGGCUACUCCAUCCUCUCCGGCCUAGCCAUGGGCAUGGAACCCAUUUGUGGCCAAGCUUUUGGCGCCAAAAAACACACCCUCCUCGGCAUUUCGCUGCAGAGGACAGUUCUAUUGUUAUUCUUGUCAUCUUUCCCAAUAGCUCUUCUAUGGCUUAACAUGAAGACAAUUCUACUUUUCUGUGGUCAAGAUGAGUCUAUAGCUUCAAAAGCCCAAUCAUACCUUCUGUAUUCACUUCCAGACCUCUUAGCUCAAUCUCUUCUUCACCCAUUACGAAUCUAUCUCCGAACACAAUCUAUAAACUCACCUGUAACAAUCUGUGCAACUCUAACAACCAUUCUUCACAUACCCAUCAAUUAUUUUCUUGUUUCCAAGCUUUCUCUUGGAAUCAAAGGCGUUGCUCUUGGUGGUGUUUUGUUUAACCUCAACCUCGUUGCUUUACUGAUCAUAUACAUAAUUUUCUCUGGAACAUAUAAACAAACAUGGAGUGGGCUAUCCAUGGAGUGUCUCAGAGGCUGGAAAUCACUCAUGAAUUUGGCGAUUCCGAGCUGCAUUUCCGUGUGUUUGGAAUGGUGGUGGUACGAAAUCAUGAUUUUGCUUUGUGGGUUGUUGAUAAACCCCAAAUCCACAGUUGCUUCAAUGGGUAUUUUGAUCCAAACAACCUCAUUAAUCUACAUAUUCCCAUCUUCUCUGAGCUUCAGCGCAUCGACCCGAGUCGGAAACGAGCUCGGCGCAGGAAAUCCAGCAAAGGCGAAACUCGCCGCCAUUGUAGGACUCUGUUGGAGCUUCGUAUUGGGUUUUUCAGCUCUGGUUUUUGCAGUACUAGUGAGGAAUGUUUGGGCCACAAUGUUCACUCAAGACAAAGAAAUUGUGGCUUUGACAUCGCUUGUUUUGCCGAUAAUCGGACUCUGCGAGCUCGGAAAUUGCCCACAAACUACUGGGUGUGGGGUGUUGAGAGGGUCGGCGAGGCCGAAGAUCGGAGCGAAUAUCAAUCUGGGGUGUUUUUAUUUGGUGGGAAUGCCGGUGGCGAUUGGGUUGGGGUUCGCCGGAGGGUACGAUUUUGAAGGGUUGUGGAUGGGUUUGUUGGCGGCGCAGAGCUCGUGUGUGGUGGCGAUGUUGGUGGUUUUGGGGAGAACAGAUUGGGAAUUACAGGCGAAGAGAGCCAAAGAGCUGACUGACGGAGGUGGUGGUGGUAGUGGUGAUGAAGAAGAGGUGUGCGAAGAAAUUGAGGAAGAUGAGGUGGCACUCAAAGGUGAAAUCACGGAUGAUUCUUCUUGUUUGCUUGGUGAUUUAGUUUAAAAUAAUGUUAUAGAUUUUAAAAAAUUUAUUAAAUUUGUAAUUAAAUGUUUUAUAU